CAACGUGCCAGACGUAUUCAAAUCAAGACAGAAAAGCGGUGUUGAACGCGGCAAUCUGCGAAAGAUCUGAACAGUUCGGCUCGUGAUGGAUCUAAUAAUAAAGGGACUUAAUGGAGCUUCGAAAUCUCUGACUGUGGGCUACAACGCCACAGUUGGUGAACUGAAGCAGCUCAUUUCGCGGGACUUCAGCGUGUCACCUCCUCAGCAGAAACUUUCUGCGAAUAACGGUCACCGAAUCGACCUUGAAGACGAUUCCAAAACCCUCAGUAGUUACGGUUUGCACCCGGGAUCCACAGUGAUGCUGAUCAUCACGAACCCUAGACCUUUCCAGGUGUUCGUCAAGAACGAGAAAGGCUCCACGGGAACUUACGAGGUUGCCAUUGAUGAGACCGUCGAGCAGCUCAAAUGUAAGGUCUUCAACAAAGAAAGAGUCCCUGUGGAUCAACAGAGACUGAUUUAUAACGGUAGACAACUGGAGUCUGGAAAGAUGUUGCAAGAGUACGACAUCACAUCUGAGAGCACUAUCCACAUGACUCUGCGGCUCCGAGGAGGUUAAUGGAGAAAUGUGACCAGGAAUUACUUGGCUACAAGAAUUAAACGUUAAAAACAUAACUAUUCUGAAAUAGACCUGAUUAUUCUUAAUUUAAAAACAAAUCAAAAAAAUUAAAAUGUACUUGUAAGCCGUUCUAGAUAAAAACGUCUGUAAGAUGUCAUGAAUGUUAUAAUAUCACAAUCAGAAUAUUGAUUUUAAAUAUAUAUUUUCUGUUAAUGUAGCUGUGGCCUUGAUGUAGAACAUCACAUUAUGCCUUAAGCCUUUAUGUAAUUCCAUUGUAUGCACUUUACAUGUAUUUUACAAAUGUUCUAUAUUUUGUAUUGUAAAUAAAAUCAUAUAU